CGAAUCCUUAACCAAAAUGCAAACGCACCCUCUAAAUUUGGCUUCUUUCUUAAGCACAUUAUUUUGUUGGCGCAUCAACUCAGAGCCAAACGCGUUACUGAGAAAAACGUAAUGGAAGAUUUUGAUAAGAAGCUAUCGAUCAAAGAGCCAAUGGAGGCCGAAGAGCCGGUCGCCGCCGAUUCCCCCAAAGUCGUCGAUUUGCUCCGGAGAUUUCUCGCGGUUCAGCAGCGCAGAGCCGAGGCCUACGCCAAGCUCAAAAGUGGGUUUGGCGAGUACAUGGUUUCAGGAGGGGAAUUACCUUAUCAACAACUCUGCAGUGAGAUCACAGUAGAGUUCAAUGAUUGCUCUAAACAAGUUCUUGAAAUGGAGUCGCUGUUUCUGAGUCCUGAUUAUAGCCGAGUUGAUUUAGCACAGUUGCUCAGAGCAGUUCAAGCUCAGGAAAAGCAGAAAUUGCAUCUGACAGCUACAAUCCAGGUGUUAAAGAAGGCUGGUCAUCCCUCGGAACGUCUAGUGAGCCAUGAGAACUGCAGAUACAAGAAGCCAAUGGAACAUGAGUGUGCACAUGUCCAUGAGAUAACUGAAGCUGCCGGAACGGAAGAGGCAGAAGCAGAAGCCGAGUACGAUAACGCUCUCAAGGAGGCCAUUAGAGGUGUGCAGGAUGCAGUGACUGCUAUCAAUGAACAUUUGGAAGAAGUUAGAUACGAAAUUGCAGCCCUUGAAGCUGAGUGACUUCACAUCUUGAUUUGUUUGUAGGCUGACGAAAAGAAAAAACCGAAAUGGGUAAUAUACUUACUUGCAGAUUGUCACAUACUUGCAGAUUGGUCCCUUUUAAAUCAAUGUGUGAAAAUCUGAUGUUAGAGCAUU